GUAGCCAUUUGUAUUACUACUCACAUCAUAGUCUCUCUCUAGAAAUAUCUCACCACAUAGGUAGAGUGUAAUAGAGAAAGAAAUAAGCACAGCACAGUAGAUCAUCAACAGAGUUGAAUUGGAGAAGAGGAAUCAUUAACUAAAACAAUCCCCCUCGAUCCAUCUCCCUCAGAUACAUACAUAUACACAUCAAUCUGCAGAGAAAAUCGCAAAAAAAACAAUGAGCCCAGAAGAGUCGUUAAGAUCUCUCUCUCUAGACUACCUGAACCUCUUGAUCAACGGCCAGGCCUUCAGCGACGUCACCUUCAGCGUCGAGGGGCGUAUGGUCCACGCGCACCGUUGCAUUCUGGCCGCCCGGAGCCUCUUCUUCCGCAAGUUCUUCUGCGGGCCCGAUUCCCAGGACCCGCUCCGGAUGGGCCCCGGCCCAGCCUCUCCGCGCGGCCCUGGGCCUGCUGUCAUACCGGUGAACUCCGUCGGGUAUGAGGUUUUCCUCCUCAUGCUUCAGUUCUUGUACAGCGGCCAGGUCUCGAUUGUACCUCAGAAACACGAGCCGCGCCCCAAUUGCGGCGAGCGCGCCUGCUGGCACACGCAUUGCACUUCCGCCGUCGAUCUCGCUCUCGACACCCUCGCCGCCGCUAGAUCUUUCGGCGUCGAGCAGCUCGCUUUGCUUACCCAGAAACAAUUGGCUAGCAUGGUGGAGAAGGCCUCGAUUGAGGAUGUCAUGAAGGUCCUAAUCGCUUCUAGAAAGCAAGAAAUGCACCAGCUAUGGACCACCUGCUCCCACCUCGUCGGCAAAUCCGGCCUCCCACCGGAGGUCCUGGCGAAGCACCUCCCCAUCGACGUGGUAGCCAAGAUCGAGGAGCUCCGGCCCAAAUCCUCGCUGGCGCGGCGCUCCCUAAUGCCGCACCAGCACCAGCACCACCAGCACGAGCUCGGGGAGCACCUCGACGACCAGAAGAUCCGCCGCAUGCGCCGCGCGCUCGACUCGUCCGACGUGGAGCUCGUGAAGCUGAUGGUGAUGGGAGAAGGCCUCAAUCUGGACGAGGCAUUGGCCUUGCACUACGCGGUCGAGAAUUGCAGCCGCGAGGUCGUCAAGGCGUUACUGGAGCUCGGCGCUGCCGAUGUCAAUUACCCGGCGGGGCCCGCCGGGAAGACGCCGCUGCACGUGGCAGCCGACAUGGUGUCGCCGGACAUGGUGGCUGUGCUGCUGGACCAUCACGCCGACCCCAAUGUGAGGACAGUCGACGGGAUCACUCCCCUCGACGUCCUCAGAACCCUAACAUCGGAUUUUCUCUUCAAGGGGGCCGUCCCGGGGCUCACGCACAUCGAGCCGAACAAGCUCAGGCUGUGCCUGGAGCUUGUUCAGUCGGCCGCGAUGGUCAUGUCGCGGGAGGAGGGGAAUGUGGAGGCCGGGACGGGGGCGUCGGCCUCCAUAUACCCUCCCAUGAGUGGGCGUGAUCAGAAUCUUGAUUCGAGAAUGGUGUAUUUGAAGAUGAGUGAAGGGGAGGAGACAAGCAGCCAUGGAAGCCAAAGGGAAGCAGCUAUCAAUAGACAUGAUGCUUCAAUGUAUCAGCAUCAGCAUCAGCAUCAGUACUGAAAACAAUCCUAUUUCUCUCACUUGGGGUAUGUAUGCUCUUGUCUUUUGUUUCCAAUAUAUGACUAAUUAGUUGAAUGAAAUCAAUUGCUUUCUCUUUCUCAUUUCAUGGGAUGAGGUUUUAGUUGAGUAGAAAUGUGGAUUUUGUCUGCCGUGUCUGUCACUUCUGUUUUUUAUUUUCUUUGAUGAAUUGGAUUUAGGCAUUAACAUGAUAUACAAUGAUAAGAAGUUGAGAGAUGGGGACAAGUUCAGUACCAGUAUCCAAGUUCUUUGCUGUGAUGGAUGGAGGACACAGGUCAAUCUUUUCAAUCUGUCAAUCCAUUUUGUUUCAUGGCUACAUUUUCAAUCAAAUAAAUUUAAUUAAAUAAUAUACACACAUUAUCUA